AUUGUUGUUCUUUCAUACAAAUAUAAUGUCUGCUGCUGUUAACCCUAAGGCUUUCCCUCUCGCUGACGCUGCUUUGACCAGCACCAUUCUUGACUUAGUUCAACAAGCUUCUCAUUACAAGCAACUCAAGAAGGGUGCUAACGAAGCCACCAAGACCCUUAACAGAGGUAUUUCCGAAUUCAUUAUCAUGGCUGCUGAUACUGAACCUUUGGAAAUCCUCCUUCACCUUCCUCUUUUGUGUGAAGACAAGAACGUUCCUUACGUCUUUGUUCCUUCCAAGACUGCCUUGGGUCGUGCUUGUGGUGUUUCUCGUUCCGUUAUCUCUGCUUCCAUUACCACCAACGAAGCUUCUGACUUGAAGCCUCAAAUUUUGAACAUCAAGACUCAAAUUGAAAAGCUCCUCAUCUAAGUUAUCAUCAUCAUCGUUGCAUCUAAAUAAUAUUUUUUUUCUUAAUGAUCAUCGUUGGUGCUGAGGGCGUUUUUUAUUACUUAUAUUAUUUUGACUUAUUGUUCAAAUGAUGCACUGGCAGUGAAAGAAAAGCUUUAUUUUAAUUAUAUUCCUUGUACAAUCUGUCAAUGUGUAAAUAAGCAUUCAAAAUAAACAAUUCGUUUCAAAUAAUCAA